UCUUGCUUGAGCGAAAGGCUUCAAACAAAAUGUUGGACAUUCCGUCUGACAGUUCAUUCGAACGUCAAACUUGACGUGGUCGUGGUGUGUUAUCAGUGAAUAACUUGGACGUGGCUUGUAACUAUCAUGUGUGGAAUAUUUGCCUAUCUGAACUACCUGACACCCAAGAGCAGGAAGGAGAUCCUGGACUUUCUUGUGAAUGGGCUGAAGAGGCUUGAGUACAGAGGUUAUGAUUCUGCCGGAGUUGCUCUUGAUUCUCCCGAUGGCAAGGAUGUGUCCAUUGUCAAGAAAAGUGGAAAAGUCAAAGCCCUUGAGGAUGAGAUCACUGCUCGAAAGGACAAGCUGGACUUUGAUGCAACCACCACCUGCCACGUGGGCAUUGCUCACACCCGUUGGGCGACUCACGGAGUUCCCAGCGAGGUUAACUCCCACCCCCAGCGGUCAGAUGUCAACCACUCCUUCGUGGUGGUCCACAACGGCAUCGUCACUAACUACAAGGACGUCAAGUUAUUCCUGAUGAAGAAGGGUUACCAGUUUGAGUCCGAGACAGACACGGAGGUGAUUGCCAAACUGAUUCACCACAUCUACUCUCAACACCCGGAUCACUCCUUUAGGGAACUGGUGGAACAGGUUGUCCAACAACUGGAAGGGGCUUUCGCAUUGUGCUUCAAGAGCAAACACUUCCCUGGCGAGUGUGUGGCCACUAGGCGAGGCAGCCCUCUGCUGGUGGGCAUCAAAACUAAGACUCGCCUGGCCACCGACCACGUCCCCAUCCUCUACAGUAAAGAAGAACCACUUCAGCCCCUUGUCAAAGACGCUGAAUCACAUUCCUUACCAGAUCAUCGUCCCCACGGUCGCCAGGAGCUGCCCACACUGCUGCCUCGCUCGGAAUCCACCUCAGAGUUCCAGCCCCUGGAGGACAAGGAGGUCGAGUACUUCUUUGCCUCGGAUGCGAGCGCCGUCAUCGAACACACCAACAGGGUCAUCUUCUUGGAGGAUGAUGACGUUGCUGCAGUGAAGGAGGGCAGUUUGAGCAUUCACCGACUGCGGAGAUCCCUGGAUGAUCCCCAUGCCAGAGAAAUCACCACCCUGAAGAUGGAGAUUCAGCAAAUUAUGAAGGGUAACUACAGCUCAUUCAUGCAGAAGGAAAUCUUUGAACAACCUGAGUCUGUGAUCAACACCAUGAGGGGUCGCAUGAACUUUGAGACAAACACUGUGGUACUUGGUGGCAUAAAGGACUACAUCCCAGAGAUCCGCAGAUGUAGGAGGCUGAUGUUGAUUGGUUGUGGUACAAGCUACCAUAGCGCUGUAGCCACCAGACAGUUGCUGGAGGAGCUCACUGAGCUGCCAGUCAUGGUGGAGCUGGCCUCUGACUUCCUGGACAGAAACACUCCAGUCUUCCGAGACGAUGUUUGCUUCUUCAUCUCACAGUCAGGUGAGACAGCAGAUUCUCUGAUGGCUCUGAGGUACUGCAAGCAACGUGGAGCUCUCAUCGUAGGCAUCACCAACACCGUAGGCUCGUCCAUCUGCAGAGAGAGCCACUGCGGCGUGCACAUCAACGCUGGUCCUGAGAUUGGUGUGGCGUCCACCAAGGCCUACACUUCCCAGUUCAUCUCUCUCGUCAUGUUCGCUCUGGUCAUGAGUGAGGAUAGGAUCUCCAUGCAGCCCAGACGCCAAGAGAUCAUCCGGGGCCUGAAGAACUUGGAUGAACAGAUCCGAGAGGUGCUACAGAACGAUGAGAAGGUGCUAGACUUGGCUAAGGACUUGUACCAACAGAAGUCUCUGCUCAUCAUGGGUCGAGGAUACAACUUUGCCACUUGCAUGGAGGGCUCGCUGAAAGUGAAGGAGUUGACGUACAUGCACAGUGAGGGUAUAAUGGCUGGAGAGCUGAAGCACGGACCUCUCGCUCUAGUGGACAAAGCAAUGCCAGUCAUCAUGAUCGUCACCCGAGACCCUGUAUAUGUGAAAUCCAUGAAUGCUCUACAGCAAGUCACAGCAAGGGAGGGCCGGCCUAUUAUUAUUGGCGAGAAAGGAGAUGAGGAAACAAAAUCUUUUGCCUACAAGUACAUUGAAGUCCCACACACUGUCGACUGUCUUCAGGGCAUCCUGACCGUAAUUCCCAUGCAACUGUUGUCUUACCACAUCGCUGUGUUAAGAGGCUGCAACGUAGACUGUCCUCGCAACUUGGCCAAGUCUGUUACUACUGAAUGAGUUCUCUCACCAUUGCACUACAUUGGAUAACCCUUCUAAUCGAGUUUGGUCGACAAACACAACUUUAAUUGAUUAUAAAUUGAAGAUUCUCUAAAUGAGCUAAAUCGUACAGCUUAUAAAGUUUGUUGCUCAAAAAUUUUAGUUAAGACUGAGAAGCAAAGCAUCACAACAGUCGAUCAAAGUUAAAUGAAAAAAUACGAACCAUCAAAUUAGUACCUGAAAUUGGGGUGUUAAGUUUUAAAUAAAAUAAUCUUAAGUAUUAAAAUAUAUAUUAUUAUAAUUAAAGUUUUAGUAGUUUGUCUCAUUUUGUUUCAUGUUGAAAUGUUCAUAAGUUUAUCACAUGUUGAGUUGUUAUUUUAAAUCGUAUAUUUAGUUAAAAGCUUGUAUUUAUUGUAAACACGGACAAACUACCAUUUAUAUUAACUGUUCAGUUGUUUAACUGAUGAGAUAUUAAUUUGAUGAAAGAAAAGAACCUGCUUGUAAAUACUGUUUUUCUUUUUUAAAUUUGUAUAACUUAAUAAUUAUUUCAAUCAAAGAAAAUAGAACAAUUUAUAAAAAUCUGAAACUCAUAGUAACAAAAAUAACAAAUGUCUGCAAAGGAUGUUGUAGGAAUAUUUAUAUUAUUGUUUUUAUUAUUUUAUAUCUGUAAACCCCGAGCUUAAAACUGAAGUUGUACAGAGGAAAGUAAACAAAAAAUAUACUUUGAAUAAGUGUUUGAUAUAAAAAAUUUCACUGCCAAGAUGAAGAGGUUGAUUCUGUACCAAUCAAAACUACAAACCGGUCUGGCUAGAUGAAUUUCAUACAAUUAAGUUACCACUCAUUGGUUGGUAAAUUUUAAAUUAUGAAACCUAAACUUUCCAUUUAAGUCACUAACUCUAAAAUGUCUUUAAUUCUAGGUUGAUUAUUAAGUUUUUAGACUGGGGAAAUGUUUUCACCAUCACUAAUACAGUACCAUCUUAUUACAUGAAGGUAAAUUAUAAAAAAAUUUCAAUUUAAAAAAUGACCUCUCAGUUCAAUAUUUUUUUAGAGCUCUUAGACAGAUAAUUGCUAUCAUCACUAUUUUAUUCUAGUUCUAAGUAUGAAAGACAUAAAGUUCGCAUUUAUUGUUGUUGGAAUAAGUUUGAUAGAUAUUCUAAAAUGUGUUUUCACAUUUUAAAAGAAAUAUUAAUCUAUAUUAGUUUGCAAGAGCCUGGACCAAUGCAAUGUUUUUUUUUUUUUAUAAAUACUUUAUAUUCAUAUCCUACGAUAUAAUUGCUUGGGUGAAGCAGAUUUUAAACUAAUUUGAAUCUUUCAAUGAAAUUACCAUUUAGUUAAUUUAGGAUUAUAACAACCCCAACAGUUUCAUGUGUAUGAAUUAAAGUUAAAUGAAUAUUUUCAGUAUUUUCUCGAAUACUAUAGCAAGUUUUAAAGUAUAACAGUGCUUCCAACCCAAAUUAGCAUUUGGAUAUAGAAUUCGGACAUUCCUAUGAUUGCUUUUAGUUUUAAUUAAUUAAACUAGUGCACUAGGGGACCAACAAAAGAAAUUAAUACAGUAGUGUAAAUUAUAUAAACAGUUGAUUAUUUUUAUUGUAACCUUUUUUUAUUUGGGUUAAAAGUUGUUUUCAAAUGUGUGUCAAGUUUUUGUAUAGCUGUGAUUUCUCUUGUAUGAUUGUUUUACAAGUCUUUGUAACCAUGCCUGGCUGUUAGCUCUAUAGCUUGUUCUCAGUAUUCAUAAUUAUAUAAACAUAUUGAUUAUUAAAUGAAUACAUGAA